GGGUACUCAGUUACGUUGUAAAGCAUCUCUUUUGCGAGCUCUACUCGAUGUCGUUUUUGUAAAAGAUUCUGAUUUGUUGGCACGAGUCUAGCAUUGACACGCUUCAUACCCAAAACAUUAUCCAAAUGAGUUGAGUCCAUCCGAGAGUGCUGUUGAGAUCUUCUCUCUGCCAACACGACUUUUACUGAAGGAUUUUUCCGUACUUUUCACGUCCUAAACAAACAGCUGCCAAUUCCAAUUGUCAUUUUCAUUGAUAUACAGUACACUGUUCCGACUGUGAGUUUGCAUUUUAAUUAACGAUAUGUAUGUACAUAUGUAUUUAAAAUGUUAUCAGCUAUUUGAAAAACUUCGUUUUACGGUUAUCUCAUCAAUUUCGUAUAUAUUGUUUAUGUUUUUGUCUGUAACUCUUUUGGACGUCUAUUGGACGGUUUUCAUUAAAUUCUGUGCUCAUAUGACCUUUUCGGAAUUCAUUUAACCAUUUACGUAAGCACUCGUAUCAUAUUCUUGAUAUCUAUAGCAAUUUUUCGUCACAAAUUCACCCAUUAGCUUCAAAAUAUUUGUAUCUUUUGAAAGUAGGGUAAGGUCUAAAAAGGUAUAAGAACAAAAAUUAUGGAUUCAAUUGUAGCGACGCCCUUUAAUAGAAACGAUUCGAACUUUGCAGCCGCCCUGAUAUUUAAGCGUAUAAAGACUAUGUAGGAGAAUAUGGUACAUAUGUUAAAAUGCAAAUACAUAUGAACAUACAUGUGUACAAGUACUAUGUGCUUAUACUAAGUGAAAAGAGGAAAUGUAUAUGUUUUGCCGAUAACCUAUGUCUGUUUCCGAGUCGAAUUCUUGCAACAGUUGUUCUUUCCAAGCGCCAAUCACGAAAAAUUCUCAGCUUCAAACCGCAGUCGGCAGUCGUUACGACAAUGUGUUCAGCCAAACAGCAAAUUUGGCUGGUUUUACGGUGUUUAGUGUGCUUAGUUUAUUUCAUUACGGAACUUGCUAGCGCGGCGCGAAUAAUCAACACUAAUUACGAUUUCAACACAGAAAUUGCGCGCGAAGUUUUACGCAUUUCAAAGGCUGCAGAAAUGGUGAAUUAUAUGCAUCCGGGGAUAGAUCCUUGCGAUGACUUUUACCGUUAUGCCUGUGGUAAUUGGCAGGAAAUAAACCCAGCGCGCUUUUCGGAUGGAAAAACUGGUAUAUUUAAUGUUUUAAAGAACGCUUAUAACCGGCGUGUGAUGCGUUGGAUGCGUAAACCCAAGCGGACUAGUGAAUCGGAUAUGGAUCGCAAAGUAAAGUAUUUCUUUGAAUCCUGCAUGAAUAAAGCAAAUUUACGGAAAAAUUACCGACAGAAGUUACUUUCUGUAUUAGAAGAAUUCGGUGGAAUGCCGGCAUUGAAGGGAUCACUUUGGGAGGCUGAUAAAUUCGAUUGGUUGGAAACGGUUGCAGUUAUUCUUCGAAAGUAUGGUAAGCAGAUCAUUUUAGGCGCAGACGUGUUCGCCGAUUUGACCAACAAUGAAGUGAAUCGUUUAUAUUUGGGCCAAUUGGAUAAGUUGGUGACACCACGAGCUGCUGAAUAUUACGUGGUGUUAGCUGUCGCCAGGCAAAUGGAAAUGCACACAGUAUUGGGAAUGAGCAUGGAUGUGGCCUCCAAAACAGCGACGGAAAUUGUUGAUUUUGAAAGGAGACUUGCGGAAGGUAAGAUCGAUGCAGAUAAGGGUUUUGGCAUGGAAGAUAAAGCUCAACUGACUCUACUUGAAAUGAUGACCAAUAACUAUAAGCCAACGAUUAAUUUUACACAUUUCGUUAACGUAUGGCUGGGUCAUCCAUAUGUGCUGCCCGUUUAUGAAUAUGUGGAGCCAUACAUAAACAACUUACGCAGAGUUAUCGAGGAAACACCCAAGGAUAUUGUUGCUAAUUAUAUUAUGUGGGAGCUGUUACAGGAUUUUCGUAUGGAAGUAAAUGAAUCUGAUGACAAGCAUAGAAACAAAUGCGUAGACCGAACCAAACGUUUCUUUGUGAAAUACUUGGACCACAUAAUAUACCAACAGUUAUUCACCCAAAACCAGCAAAUUUUUACUGAACUACGAAUGCUAUGGUUCGAACUAAAAAAUGCUUUUAGGGAAUUAUUGCAAUCGCAAGUAAACAGUUGGAUGUCGGUGGUCACACGUGACAAAGCAUUGGAGAAAUUAUCGGCCAUGUCCAUUGAGAUUAAUUCAUAUGAUCAAGAAAAUUUCGAGCAACUAUACGAUGUUUUGGUAAUCAGCACUGAUAGCUACUUUGAUAAUGUCGUCAAUAUUUUAGAGUUACAAGGGCGCAAUUAUCGUUUGCGUCUUUUAGAAACUCCAAAACUUGAUGAGGGAGAAACUCUUAGCUUCACACCUGCCUACGCAGCCGAAUACAACAGAGUUAUUAUUCCAGUCGCCUUUCUGCAGCCGCGUUUUCUUUGGGAUCAAGCUUACCCGUCAACAGUCAAAUACUCCACUAUUGGCUUUAUUAUUGCACAUGAAAUGGCUCACGGUUUUGAUGCUAUAACACGUAAAUACGACUCCCAAGGCAACCUCAACAACUGGUGGGAUUGUAAUUCUACCGAAGAGUUUGCCAAACGAAAGGAAUGUCUUAGGCAGCAAUACAGUGGAUAUCGGUAUAAUGGUCGUAAAUUGCCAAAAACAAAUGCCCAGGACGAAAAUAUCGCUGAUAAUGUGGGCGUACGUAUUGCCUAUAACGCAUUUCAGCACUGGAUUAGUCAGCAUAGUGGUAAUUCGACGUUACUGCAGCAUGAGAGACUGCCAAACAUAAAUUUGUCGCCGCAACAAUUAUUCUUCUUGAGUCUGGCACAAGUUUGGUGUACCGAUGUGAAUCGUAAUUGGCGUGAAAUGAUAAUUGCGACUGAUGUGCAUCCGCCCGAGGAGGUGCGCGUUGUGGGAAUGCUCUCGAAUUUCGAUGAAUUCGGAAAGGAAUUUGACUGUAAACCAAAUGCGCGAAUGAUCCCGAAGCGAAGAUGUGUUAUGUAUUGAAAAUAUAUUGCGGUGUAAGACAUCGAUAUUGUUGAUUUAUUACACAAAUAAAAGUAAAUAUAUAAAAUAAUAGCUGCAAGUACAUACGAGUACUUGUGUACUAUUUCACUGAACUACGAAUGCUAUGGUUCGAACUAAAAAAUGCUUUUAGGGAAUUAUUGCAAUCGCAAGUAAACAGUUGGAUGUCGGUGGUCACACGUGACAAAGCAUUGGAGAAAUUAUCG